AUGUUGCUCCCAUCCCUGCUGGCUCUGACAGCCACAGCAGCGGCCCUCGAUCCCGCCAAGCCAAUGGCAGCCGGCCUCGCCUUCGGCGCCGUCGACCCCCGCGCCCUCCCGGACUCGCCCUCCGGCGGCUACGCCCCGGCCAUCGUCGACUGCCCGUCCACCCGUCCCACAAUCCGCUCCGCCGCGACCCUCUCACCGAACGAGACAUCAUGGCUGCCCAUCCGCCGCAACGCAACUGUAGAACCCAUGCUCGACUUCCUUACCCGCGCAAACAUCCCCAACUUUGACGCCCAGUCCUACAUCUCCCGCGUCCGCUCCUCGCCCUCCCAGCUGCCCAACGUUGCCCUCGCCGUCUCAGGAGGCGGCUACCGCGCCCUCAUGAACGGCGCAGGCUUCCUCGCCGCCGCCGACUCCCGCACCCCCAACUCCACCGCCGCCGGCGGCAUCGGCGGCCUCCUCCAGUCCGCCACCUACCUCGCCGGCCUCUCCGGCGGCGGCUGGCUCGUCGGCUCCCUCUACUCCAACAACUUCUCCUCCGUGGUCGACCUGCAGCGCGGCUCCCAGGGCUCCUCCGUCUGGAAGUUCGACCGCUCCAUCUUCCAGGGCCCCAAGGAGUCCGGCAUCUCUAUCCUCAACACCGCCGACUACUGGGCCACCGUCGCCAAGCAGGUCGACAGCAAGGACAAGGGUUUCGAGGUCUCCAUCACCGAUUACUGGGGCCGCGCCCUCUCGUACCAGCUCAUCAACGCCACCGACGGUGGGCCCUCGUACACCUUCUCCUCCAUCGCCGACACCUCCGACUUCCAGUCCGGCGCCCAGCCCUUCCCCAUCCUCGUCGCCGAUGGCCGCGCCCCCGGCGAGCGCAUCAUCUCCCUCAACGCCACCGUCUACGAGUUCAACCCCUUCGAGCUCGGCACCUGGGACCCCACCGCCUUCGGCUUCGCGCCCCUCGAGUUCCUCGCCUCCAACUUCUCCGCCGGCGCCGUCCCCGCCAACGGCUCCUGCGUCCGCGGCUUCGACCAGGCCGGCUUCGUCAUGGGCACCUCCUCCUCCCUCUUCAACCAGUUCAUGCUCCAGAACCUCACCUCCACCGGCCUCCCCGACUUCAUUCAGUCCGCCCUCACCUCCAUCCUCAACGCCCUCGACAAGGACAACAACGACAUCGCCCAAUACGUCCCCAACCCCUUCUUCGGCUGGAACCCCUCCACCAACGUCAACGCCAAGGAGUCCCAGCUCUCCCUCGUCGACGGCGGCGAGGACCUCCAGAACAUCCCCCUCCACCCGCUCAUCCAGCCCGAGCGCGCCGUCGACGUAAUCUUCGCCGUCGACUCCUCCGCCGACACAAACUUCAACUGGCCCAACGGCACCGCCCUCCGCGCCUCCUACGACCGCGUCGCCGAGCCCGUCGCAAACGGCACCCUCUUCCCGCCCGUUCCGGACGCCAACACCUUCAUCAACCUCGGCCUCAACAAGCGCCCGACCUUCUUCGGCUGCAACGCCUCCAACUUCACCCUUUCCGCAAAACAGCGCGUACCCCCGCUGCUCGUCUACCUCCCCAACGCGCCCUACGUCGCCCACUCCAACGUCUCCACCUUCGAUCCCUCCUACAAGACCUCCCAGCGCGACGCCAUCAUCCAGAACGGCUACGACUCCGCAACGCAGGGCAACGCCACCCUCGACUCCGAGUGGCCCCGCUGCGUCGCCUGCGCGAUGCUCUCGCGCAGCAUGGCCCGCAACAGGGAGACCGUCCCGGACGCGUGCGCCAUGUGCUUCACAAAGUACUGCUGGAACGGCACCCUCGACACCCGCGACGCGAGCUACGAGCCCGGCUUCAUCAUCGGCAACGUCGAGACCAACAGUCCUGCCGCCAAGGCGAGCGGCAGCUUCUGGGCUGGUUUGGUCAGUGCUGCUGCGGCCAUGAUCUUGGCUAUUUGA